AUGAAGAUAACAAAAAAUACACUUAAAAAAUGUUUUGUUAUGUUUCUAAUUGCUCAAUUAGGAUUUGGAUUACAAUUAUCCUAUUCAACUCCAGUUGCUUUAUCAUCAACUUAUUUUUCUAAAUUACAAAUUUCAGAAGAAACAUUUGGAUUUUUGUUUUCAUUUUAUUCAUUACCCAAUUUAUUCAUGGUCAUCGUAGGUGGUAUUCUGAUUGAUAUCUAUGGACCAGGAUUGGUCAGUAUGUUAUUUGGCGGUGUUGCCGUAUUUUCUUCCAUCUUGAAUGCCGUCGCUCAACCUCACUUUAAUAUCAUGAUGAUGUCUAGAUUCCUAUUGGGUAUGGGUGGUGAAACUGUUUUGGCAACAACCACUACUAUGAUUCCAUUAUGGUAUUCAUCAAAAGAUGUACCAUUAUGUAUGGGAUUCCUUUCUAGUUGGUUUUACUGGGGCAAUUUGACAGCUUUGGCUGUCCUUCCAUCUGUCAAUGCCUCAUGGGGUUUUUCAGUGGCCCUUUGGCUAGCCGCUAUUGUUUUUAUGGUAAACUAUGGUCUCAACCUAUUCUUACUUAAAAACAGACAAAAGUUAAAAUGGGAUGAUGAUGCACUAAGUAGAUGUAAUUCAAGAAUGCAAUUAGAUCAAUUACGUAGUAAUGAUUCAUUUGUAUCAGAAGAACAUGAAAUUGAUUCUGACCUUCAUACACCAGAGAAAUCAGAGAGUGAUGAUUUGGAGGAUAUUGGUAUUGAACCACCAGUACCAAUCAAACAAGAAAGCAAACUACGUGAACUAUUGAUCAAAUUGAAAGAGGUAAAGGAAAUGGCCAAACAUUUACCCAGACGAUUCCAUUUGCUAUGUCUUAUCUGCUUUGUCGCCUACUAUGCUAUGUUUGGUUUGACAAUCAUUGGUACCGAUGUCUUGGUUGUCAAAUUUGGAUACGGUGAGAAAAAAGCUGGCUUGGUCAUGGCAGCAGAGGCCGUUACCAAUGGUAUAUGUCCAAUCAUCACUGGAUUCAUGAUUCAACGUGUCAGAGGUUACAAGAUCCGUUUGAUGAUGCUCGGGUGCUUCUUGAUGGCACUUGGAACACUGCUACUCAAUGCAACCACUGUGUUUCCAUUGCCAUGGGUCGUUCUUUGUGGACUUGGAUUCUCUAUCCUCAACACUACCCUGUUUUCGUGUGUACCUCUGUUGGUCGAUAUCAAUAUUGUCGGAACUGCCUAUGGGUUCAUCACGACAUCGUACAACUUUAACAUUGUACUCUUCCCGCCCAUCAUCGAUGCCAUCAAGCAUCGCACAGGGACCUAUACCAUCCCACUCGCCUUUAUGACCUUUGUCAGUCUUGCUGCCAUCGGACUGCUGGGUUUGCUCAAGUACAUGGACAUGAAAGUUCCCCUCUCCCAAUCACUCGACGAUCCCAACUCGACAGCCGGUCUCUUCCAAGAGGACAUUGACCAACUGAUCGAACAUGACAAGGUCAAAGAAGAGGAUGAAAACAUGAUCCAACAAAACAAAAUCAACGAAAAAAAAAACAAAGGUCGUAUUGAAAUGAUUGAAACUCAAUCAAUGAUCAUUCAACAAGAUGAACAUGAUACCUGUUCAACAGACUUACCAAAUGAAAUUAACCAACAAGAUAAAAAUACAGAAAUAAAUUCAUCCAUCAUUUUACAUUAA